AAAAUUAAACUUGAUGCAAAUCAGGAUAUAAAAAUUAAGGUCUUAGCUAGUUACAUAAAAUUUGUAGCUACUAAUGAUAAUAAUUCAAAUGAAAAUAAUAUACUGAAGGGAUCAGAAGAACCUGUUGAACUAGAAACAAACUUGUCAAGUAAAGAAGAAGAAAAUAAGAAGAUAAAUACUAGUAAUGAAAAUGAAAUAAUAUAG